UCCGAGUUCUCCGGCCCCUGAUGGGGACGUCCGCCCCCCUCUUCUCAGGCCGGAGGUGCAGAGAUAUACCUCCCCGUCCCGGGGCUCGGCCAGCACUGCUAGGGACACAGAAGGUGUCCACCGAGUGUAGCUCAGGGCAUCCUGCGGGCGGGCUGCCGCUCCGUUCCGCGUGCUUGUCCGCCGCGCCCAGGCUAGGCGCUUUCACGCACCUGGUUCCAUCUGCUCAGGGUAUGUGCAGGGGGCGCUGGGCCACAUUCCCCAAAUGGGGAAACGGAGGCACGGAGAGGAAGAGCUGUCCUCCCUCCUCCGCAACCACCGGUCUGGCCGGCCCCUGUGGGCGGUGCCCUGGGAGUCACCUGGGACCAACAGAGGCCUUGGCAACGCACGCAGCAGUGCUUGUGGCAGCAGCAGCCAUAGGGAGGCCAGGCGUGGAAGCGGCACCAGACUCGGAGCUGGCCAGGGUCCCCUCGCCUAUGGAGCACGCAGCCACCACAGGCCCCAGGCCUGGACCUCCCCCUUGGCGGGUGGAGAAUGUUGUGCUGCGAGCCAAGGACUGGCUGCCAGGAGCUCCUGGGGGCACCGCAGUGUGGGCCACCAGCUUGGAAGCAGAGGUCCCACCAGAUCUAGCGCUCAAUAAGGAGCAGCAGCUGCAGAUCUCCAAGGAACUGGUCGACAUUCAGAUCACAACCCACCACCUACAGGAGCAGCACGAGGCUGAAAUCUUCCAGCUGAAGAGUGAGAUCCUUCGGCUGGAGAGCCGAGUGCUGGAGCUGGAGCUGCAUGGAGAUCGCACCAGCCAGGGCUGUGCAGUCCCAGUGGAGUCUGACCCCAGGCACCCCCGGGCACCAGCCCAAGAGCUCAGACACAAAGCCCAGGUGCCUGGACACUCUGAUGACCGCAGAUUCCAGGUGCAGCCCAAGAACGCCAUGAACCCCAAGAACGAACAGCAGAGGCUGGGGAGCAGCCUGCUGGGGGGCCAGAAGCAGCUGCAGGGAGAAGUGAAGUGGGCACUGGAGCAUCAGGAGGCCCGGCAGCAGGCACUGGAGACGCGUGUGGCAGCCCUGGGCCGGCAGCUGCAGGGAGCCCGAGAGGAGGCCAGGGCAGCCGGGCAGCAACUGGCCACACAGGCUGUGGUGCUGUGCAGCUGCCGAGGCCAGCUCCGCCAGGCAGAGGCUGAGAACGCUCGGCUGCAGCUGCAGCUCAAGAAACUAAAGGACGAGUACGUCCUGCGGCUGCAGCACUGUGCCCGGGAGGCAGUGAAGCAUGCAGACGGUACAGGCCAGGCGCCAGCCAACACGGCCCUCCGGACAUUCCUGGAGGCGACUCUGGAGGACAUCCGGGCAGCGCACCGCAGCCGUGAGCAGCAGCUGGCCCGGGCUGCCCGCACCUACCACAAGAGGCUGGUGGAUCUGAGCCGCAGGCAUCAGGAGCUGCUGGUUGCCUACAGGUGGGCCCCGCUGGGAUGGGAGGUGUCGGGCAUCUGUGGGUCUCUAAGCCUCUGUGCCUCAAAGGCUUGGUGUACAGCAGGAGUGGCCCCAGACAGACACUGGCCUACCCUGACAGGUCACCUGGGAACCCCCAAGCUAUUUUUGACACAGCCAGCUUGGACCUGGAACCACUGCCCGUGCCCCUCGUCACUGACUUCAGCCAUCGGGAGGACCAGGGGCCUGGACGCUGCAUCCUGGGCCCAGAUCCACCAGAAGCUUCGGGACUUCUCCCGCAGCACCCAGGUAGGAGGCAAGGGCUGGCCCAGGCUCCUCGUCAUGCCAUGCCCCAGCUCAUGGCUUACACCCCCAUGCCAGGCAGAGCUGGAACGGGAGCGGGCACAGCUGCUGGUCCGGGCCACGAUGGCUGAAGAGCAACUUUCUGAGCUACAGGAGUACGUGGACCAGCACCUGGGCAGGUGGGCAGAGGGAGCUGGGUGUGACCCCAGGGCCCUGGUCUGGCUGGAAUGGAGGAUGAUGGCUGCCUCAGGCGCUAGAGGCAGACCUGUCCACAACUGGGCAGGUCACUUAAGCAUGGUCCCUCUGAGCAGGUACAAGCACGAAAUCCUGAGGCUGAGGAAGCUAGCAGGUGCAGGGGACCCCUGGAAAGUGGGGGCUGUGCCUCCAGCCAAGCCCCAGCAUCCAAGGACCGGCAGCCACUAGGCUGUCUCCCAAGGAGCAGAGCAGAGCCCAUCACAGCAAGCACGGAGCCCUCCCACCCAGCCCCCCAUGAAACAUGAGUCAGGAUAGAACCCACAGUCUUUAUCGU